AUGACAUAGAAGCAGCACAUUCAAUGUUAGAUUUAUCAAUAAAGUAGGUUUCACGGUAGUUUAUCUCGUUACUAGGCAGCGAUAACGGCGCCUCUUUGCAGUAUGUGGAAAUACAAGUCUCCUUUAGUCAUUUAGCCAAAAAACAUGUGAUAAACUAAGGCAAAAAGGUAGCAGCACAUUUGAGAUCUUAUUAAAGUCCAUAAUGUGCCAAGAUGCUAAGCUAAGUCUGAUGCUGCACUGUUUAUAGAUAGGACACUCGUAUCUCGCGCUAUGGCGUCUCCUCCGAGGGAUGAUCGAGGUAAAGUGAGAAGGAAAAGACAAGAAUCACUACGAAAACAGAGCGAAGAUGACAUCCAGGAACCUCAAAGCUGUGAUGAAGACCCAGGAGAGACUUUGAAACGCAAAAUCAGGGCUCAGAGACAGAGGCAGAAAAAAGAGCUGCUUGAACAGUCCCAAAAGGAUAAUGAAAAUGUUGUGGAGGAUAUCUCUCCAAUUCAACAUGCGGAUGAAGAUGCUGAUGAACCAGAGAGAGCGACCGAACCAGCGGUUUGGUCAACACCUCCAAGAGCCAAGAAAAGUCUGUCUAAACUUCCGCCAAUUCCUGGUUCACAACACUUGGAUGACGUGAUGACGCAGCACUUGAAAGAAAAGCUUCUAGCAGCCAGAACUAGAGUUGAGAAAAUACAUCGGCAAGAAUCCAAUGUCAAGCCAGCCAGUCGACUACAGAAUUUAAAAGAUAGGGAAACUGUUACCAGGUUUGAUAGAGAGCCUGAUGCAGACAUGCAAGACAUCUCUCAAUCUCUCAGCACAAGAGUUAAAUUCAGAGAAGCAAUGCGAAAAAUUGACACUGGCAUCCCGACAGCAGAAGAAGCAUACAAUUUUUUCACAUUCAACUUUGAACCAGAGCCUGAAGAGAGUGAGGAACAGAGUAAGAAAAGUCUGACCAAAAGGAGGACCCCUGGAGAGGAUGAGGACAGUGAGAAAGAGGAGCAAGAAGAGUCGGAUAUAGAUCGAGCCAAUCAAGAUGAAGAUCAUAAUGAGGAAGCUCCCCUUGUCCAAGAUGACAGAGAUAAUAUAUUUGUGACUGAACAAUCGACGCAGGACUUUAUUGUGGUGAAGAAAGCUGAGUACAUCGGAUACCACAAGCGCCUUCAACACACAGGCGAUCUGCUCUUCACACCCAGCGUACGACCAGUUACAACUUGUGUAAAACUGCCUGAAAACAUUAAGCCUCGGUAUCUGGAAGAUGAAGGUCUGUAUGUAGGAGAGAGACCCCCGGUGUCUUCAACCAAUAUGAAUAUUUUAGAGAAUCGUCUUUUAAAGUCAGCGGAGGGGAAAAAGUGGUUUGAUGAUGAUGGUACGAUAAUGGCAUUACCAAAUCCCAUAAAAGAGUCAUCGACAAGACCUCCUCUGUUUCAUAUGGAGGAAGAGCUGGACCCGGCACUACAGACUGUCUUCAGGAAGCCAGUGAUGUCCAAGCAGGAGAAUGUGUAUUUUGCUGGAGUGGGGGACUCAGACGGAGACUUUCAGCUCGAUGUGGACAUCUCUGGACUAAUCUUCUCCCAUCAUCCACUCUUCAGCCGUGAACACGUCCUUGGAUCACGUCUAGUCCAACUCUACGACCAGUAUCUCAACAGGCAACACAAUAACCUCACUGGGCACCUCACUGAGAAGUUAAAUGGAUUGAGGAUGACACUACAGAAUAUGAUGGAGAUUCACGGAGGGGAAAAUUUGACUGAGGCUCUAAAGCAGAGGAUUUCAGAGUGCAACAUGGAGGUCAAGGACACCCGUCAGUUGCGAGACCAUGAACAGGAGAAAGACAGGACUCUGUUGAAGAAUAUUAUUAAAGUUUGGAAAGACCUGAAGACCUUGAGAGACUUUCAGAAGUUCACCAACACAUCAUACAGACUUCAGCUCAGACGAGAGAUAGUAGACCCUGAAAUGGAUGAGCGCGAGUAUGAGACGGAGAUCUUGGCAGAGGUCACAGAGUUGGAGCAAGAGAUUGAACAGGAGUACAAGAGAAAGUUGGACAACUAUAAGACCCAGCUGGAUAAGUGGAAACUGUGGCGAAGGAAACAGAAAGGUAAAAAGAAAAGAUCCAUGAAAAAUAAAAGGAAAGACACAGACGCCGACUCAGAAGAUGAAGAUUCCGAGGCACCUCCAAAACCAGACCCUCCAGAGAAACUGGACUUUUACUCUUUGGAACAGAAUGUGAGGGAAAAGUUUUUAAGGAUCCGCAGAAACCCAGGAGAGCCCAUCCUGAUCCCGGAGCUGUCUGCAUCUGGAAACAUCACAGCGACUGACCAAUGCCCCAGAGCUGAGGUAGCUCGAAGGACAGAUGUUGGAAGACACACACUGUUUGUCAAAAUCAUCUACAAUGACAAAGAAGUGUCCAGGACAGACAGCUGUGCCCUAAACUCUGACUUCAGAGUGCAUUUCGGACAAAUUUUCAAUCUUAGAAUCAUCAACUGUCCGCAAAGCAUCUGUCUACAGGUGUUUGAAGAGGUCAGUACAUCAUGCUCUUUACUGACUCAGGUCUUCAUACCAGUACCAGAGCCCUCUGUUCUGACUGGCAGUGCUCCCAUAGAGAACUUUGAGUUCAGCAGCAACCAGAGAGUCAUGUUUGACCACGAAGGAGUUGGAAGUGAUGUGCCCCUGUCCUUUGAAGCAGAUGGCAGUAACAAAAUCACUUUGCUGACCUCUGGAAAACUUGCAUGCUGUGUAUCUUGGGCUAUUGGUGAAGAUGAUGUCCCAUUGGCUCCUCCUGUGUCACAACAACAUGGUGGAAUACACGGUGGUUUGGGACACCUUGAUGCUGUCUCAUGUAUUGGAGCGUCGGGGCUGUAUGACUUGAAAAAAAUUGGAGAAUGGGCAAAACAAUCACGACUGGACCCCAAUGAUCCAAAAAACGCCUCCAUCAUGCAGCUUUUGAAGGUUGCUAGUAGUGGAGAGGUGACUGCUCCAGACUACUUUAGACUUGAACAACUGCAAGACGAGUUUAACUUUGUCACUGAUGAAGAGUUGGACAGUUCAAAAAGAUACAAACUGCUGAGGCUGAGGAACCAAGGCGUCCCUGAGUUCAGAAAUUAUAAGUUUGUUCCAGCUCUUGAGAGAGAGGUGUCUGAUAAGGUUUUCCAGGAUUAUGAGAAGAGACUGAAAGAAGGGGAUGUUGUGGACACCAAACAACACCUGGAUUCACAUCGUGCCUUAGUGGCCUCUUACCUUAAAAAAAUUAGAGAAUCGGUUAUAAACAGAUUUCUUCUUGCUAAACAUCACUACCUACUAACAGAUCUGGUUGUAGAAGAGGAGAUCCCCACUAUUGGGUUGCUGGGUAUAAAUAUUUUCAAACUGGCUGAGCCCAAGCGCCCGCUGAAGCCCCAAAGGAAAGAGAGGAAGAAGGUGACCGCACAAAACCUGUUAGACAGAGACAUCAAGCUGUUGGUCAACAUCAUCCGAGCCUACGACAUUCCUGUGAGAAGACCCCACAACAAUAAGGCACCUGCAGUACAGACAUCACAGGGCGACCUUUGUCAGGUUCAGGUGAGGCCUUUUGUGGAGGUAUCAUUCCAACGCACAGUACUUCAGACAACCACAGCAGAGGGGCCCAACCCCAGCUGGAACGAGGAGCUACAACUCCCUUUUAGUGCCCCAAAUGGAGACUACAGUUCUGCAAACCUGCAGUCAGUCAAAGAUGAGGUUUUUAUCAACAUUUUUGAUGAAAUGCUCCAUGAAACUGGAGCGAGUGAUAGUGACAAACAAAUGUCAAUCCACACUCGUAUUGAGAGGCACUGGUUGGGUUCAGUCAAGAUCCCCUUCAGCACCAUCUACUCUCAGUCCAAGAUUGAUGGGACUUUCAAAGUGAACACCCCAGCUGUGUUACUGGGCUACAGUAAAGAGCGAAGCCACAAUCCCAAUGGUUUUGACUUAAGUGUGAGUGGAGGAGCAUUUAUUACUCUCUUCAUCACCAUCGAACCUCAGCUUGUGCCUGGAGAGUCCAUACGGGAAAAGUUUGACAGUCAAGAGGAGGAGAGUUUGUUAGUGGUCGCAGAUAGAUUUGAGAGGGAAGCUUCCCGCAGUCACCCAAACAGACCCUGCCUCACCACCGUUAUAGACCUCAAUGGAAAAACAGUGUUCAUCACUCGUUACAUCAGACCUCUCAACCCACCUCUCGACAUGCUUUCUGAUACAACGGAGCCUAUGUCCAUGGUUGCCAGAUUUGUAUCCCUCAUUCCAUCAUUACCUGACAGAGUUUCUUUUUCUGGUAAUUGCGAUCUUUGGACUACAUGUGAUCAAUUUCUGACAUUCCUGGCUGGAGAUGAGGAGGAGCAUGCUGUUCUGUUAUGUAACUACUUCUUGUUUAUGGGAAAGAAAGCCUGGCUCAUAAUUGGGACUGCUAUACCAGAGGGACCUACAGCAUACGUGCUGACAUAUGAUCAGAAUCAGUACCUGAUCUGGAACCCGAGCAGUGGACAGCACUAUGGCCAGUAUGACACCUUCUGCCCCCUACAGACUGUGGGCUGCCUGGUCGACGCUCACAAUGUCUGGUUUAACGUUCAACAGUACAGCUCUCCGAUGAGAAUGAGUUUUGACACCUCAAAGACAAAUCUGUGGCGGCCAUUUUUCUCACGGUCAUUCGCUCACCCGGGUCUAUCCAGUGUUCAGCCAGAACAGAUGGUGUACCACAGCACUAACAAAUCAGCUGCAACAGAGCUUCAAGACAGAAUUGAAAAAAUACUGAAGGAGAAAAUCAUGGAGUGGCGUCCUCGUCAUGCCACGCGCUGGAACCGUUUCUGCUGCAGCGCACUCAAACAGUUUCUGCCCAAACUGGAAAAGAGUAGGGGGCAGGACCUGCAGGAGGGGCAUCGCCAUGACCUGCUAACCCUCCUGGGAGAUCACAAGAUUUCAGGUUUCCCUUUGAAUCUGCCCUUCUCUGAAGUCAAGCCGAUCAUCGAGGCAGUCUACAGCACAGGGGUCCACAACGUUCAGGCGCCCAAAGUGGAAUUUGCUCUGGCUGUGUAUGUUCACCCCUAUCCCAGCAACGUCCUCUCUGUCUGGGUGUAUCUAGCUUCCCUAAUGAGGGACUAAAUGUGUUCAUAUGGAACAAUUUGUCUAGUAAUUGUUUAAUCAAAUCAUCUUAUUAAAGAACUGUAAAUGUAAUACUGAAUUAUAUGAUGUAUUUUCAAUUUCACAGCAUUUUUUUCGUUUAAUAUUAAAACAAAUACAUGUGUGUAUACAAGUU